AUGGCGCACCGUCCGGUCAUCGCUAUUGCGGGGCUUGCAUGCGAGACCUCGACUUUUACGCCGUCGAGAACGUUGGCACCGGCGUUCCAACCCGAGCGGGGCGUCGAGAUAAUAACGAGAUACCCCUUCAUACAACGUGGCACGUCUCUAGGCGACGCCGCUGAAUGGCGUGGUGCGUUGACCGGCCAUGCGCUGCCGGGCGGCAUCGUGACUAGAGAUGCCUUCGAAUCGCUCUCGGCAGAAAUCGUCACCCGCCUUACCGAGAUAGUGGCGUCGACAAAACUCGACGGGUUCUGGUUCGACAUACAUGGAGCCAUGUGCGUCGAGGGUCUGGAUGAUGUAGAGUACGAGCUUCUGAGGCGCUGUCGCAAGGUCAUCGGGCCCGACGUACUAGUGUCGGCGUCGAUGGACCUACACGGAAACGUCUCCCGCGAACUUGUGCAUCAGACAGACCUGAUAACCUGCUAUCGUACGGCGCCCCACAUAGACGUCUCUGAGACAAAGGAGCGGGCAUGCCGGAACUUGCUCCAGCUACUCCAGCGGCGAGCGGGUGGCGAGAAGAUUGUGCGCCCGCUCAAGGCCUGGAUACCGGUCCCGAUCCUGCUUCCGGGGGAGCAGACGUCGACGAGGGACGAGCCAGCAACCCGUAUUUACGCGGCCGUCCCCGAAGUAGAGGCUUCCGAAGGGGUUCUAGACGCGGCGAUCUGGGUCGGCUACGCCUGGGCCGACGAACCGAGAAACCGUGCUGCUGUUGUGGUCACCGGCUGGGACGAGGAGGCGGUCGCUCGGGGCGCGGAGCGCCUGGCACGUCUAUUCUGGGACUCGCGCAAGGAAUUCCGUUUCGUCGCUCCCACGGGGUCAUUUCAGGAAUGUCUAGACGCGGCGCUAGCCUCUGCUAAGCACCCAUACUUCAUAUCAGACUCGGGCGACAAUCCCACGGCGGGAGGAUCCGGCGAUGUGACUUGGGGCCUGACCCAGCUGCUUGCGCGUCCCGAGUUCCGGUUGGAGUCAGGCCCCAAGGUCAUCUAUGCCAGCGUGCCGGGGCCUGAGGCAGUCGGGAAGGCGGUUGCUGCAGGGGUUGGGACGACUGUAACGGUGACAGCUGGGGCGGAGGUGGACGCUAUCCACGCGGGCCCGAUUACUAUGACAGGCCGGGUUCAUGCGAUCAAACAUGGCGACAGGCACGCGGAAGUGGAGGUGGUGCUGCAAGUGGGCAGCGUCUUCGCGGUCCUGACCAAACUGCGGAAGCCGUACCACUACGAGAGCGACUUCACCGAGCUCGGCCUCGCGCCGCGCUCGGCUGCUAUCGUCAUCGUCAAGAUCGGCUACCUGGAGCCGGAACUAUACGCCAUGGCGGCAGACUGGAUGCUAGGGCUGACACCGGGCGGCGUCGAUCAAGAUCUGCAGAGGUUGGGUCACAAGAGGAUCCAGCGACCAAUGUGGCCGUUUGAUCGCGAAUGUAACGAGGCAGAUCUUACUGCGAAGCUGAUCCCGACGUCCAACGAUCCGCUCUCAUAG